AUGAUCGGAACAGACACACAAAUGUCAAGGCGAGUUCGAUUUGUGGAGCAACUGCACUCCGAUGUGUUAGCCGAUGGAUAUGGAACUCAACAUAGGUUGCGUGGAUGGCCUGCAGAAUGUACUUUUAGAGGGGCGUUGAGGAGUGUGUUGAAAAAGUACAUUACAAAACUAAAUAGUAGGCGAGUUGAAUUAUUUCGAGAGACAACUUUUGGGAUCUUCAUUGGUAUGCCGACCCCGAAUGGUGACAUGUUGCUCUGUUAUUUGAUGAUGUUGCAUGAGGUUCGUGAUGUAGAGGUAGACAGGGCUGGGAGGUUUCGGUUCGAGUUACAAGGCAGGGUGGUUGAAUACGGUGAAACAAAAUUUUGUUUGAUUAGCGGUUUGAGAUUUGGAUUGUAUAUUGAUAUAAUAAAUACAGAAGUCAGCACACGUUCAACAUUAAGGAAUCGGUUGUUCCCUAAUGUGAGAGAUAAAGAUUUACGACUUAAAGAUUUAGAAGACUACAUAAAAGGGCCAGCAUUCUUGACGUGUUGCGAUGAGGAUGCAGUAAUGGUUAUGAAAAUGAUAUUUUUGUUGAGGGUCUCAUAG